ACUGACACACACACAAUAACAGAGCUCACUAGCGACACGGAACGCGGCCAUAAUGGUACAUUCAAGGCACGUGGCCGUUUAUAUAUUGAGUGAGUUAACGUGAAGUAAGGUUGCUCAGAAAUUGUAGUAGCCCGAAGUAUUUGAUCAAAUUUUUUUGCCUAAAUUCCUGUUGUAAUUGUGAAGAAAUACAAAUGAAGAAGCUAUUUAUCCUGUUUGAGCAUGCCUCUGGGUAUGCAGUAUUCCGUGUCAAAGAAUUCGAGGAGAUUGGAAUGCUGUUGCCCCAAGUUGAAACUGCCAUCACAGAUUUAUCACGUUUCCAAAGCAUUGUGAGUCUUAUUGGCUUCUCAGCCUUCAAGACCGCAGUAGUUGCUCUGGAGAACAUCAACUAUAUUUCUGAAGGAGUUGUCUCAACACAGUUGCAGGCGUUUCUGGAUUCCUGCAUACCAAGAUCAGCAGAGAAAAAUGUUGUUCUUGGUGUUGCUGACCCUAAGCUUGGUGCCAGCAUCACUGAAGCUCUGAGUAUAAAAUGUGAUCACAUGAAUGGUAUACCUGAAAUCACACGUGGCAUUAGACUUUAUUUUCAUGAUUUGGUGAAAGGUUUCACCUCCCAAAGUGCAUUAGUUGCACAACUUGGUCUUGGGCACAGCUAUUCCAGAGCCAAAGUCAAAUUUAAUAUUCAUCGAGUAGAUAAUAUGAUAAUCCAUACUAUAGGCUUGAUGGAUCAAUUGGACAAGGACAUUAAUACAUUUAGUAUGCGUAUACGAGAAUGGUACGGCUAUCACUUCCCCGAACUUGUGAAAAUCGUUUCGGAUAAUCAUAUGUAUGCAAAGGUUGCUCAAGUAAUUAAAAAUAGGAAAGAGCUUACGGAAGAGAAACUCGAAGCCCUCGAAGAAAUUAUCAUGGACUCUGCGAAAGCGCAGGCGAUCGUCGACGCGUCUAAGUCGUCCAUGGGAAUGGACAUCAGUCUGGUCGAUCUCAUGAACAUUGAGAUAUUCGCCGAACGCGUUGUCUCGCUGGGUGAUUACCGCGAGCGUCUGGCACAUUAUUUGCGAAGCAAAAUGUCCGGAGUGGCGCCAAAUCUCGCGUCUUUAAUCGGCGAUCAAACCGGCGCUAGAUUAAUUGCGCACGCUGGAUCACUCACCAACUUGGCAAAAUUUCCAGCUUCGACUGUUCAAAUUUUAGGUGCAGAGAAGGCGUUAUUUAGAGCAUUGAAAACUAGAGGAAAUACGCCAAAAUUUGGUUUACUCUUUAACUCUACAUUCAUUGGCCGCGCGAGUGCUAAAGAUAAAGGCAGGAUAUCAAGAUACUUAGCGAAUAAAUGUUCAAUGGCUUCCAGGAUCGAUUGCUUCUUAGACGUACCGACCAAUGUGUUUGGCGAGAAGUUGAAACAGCAGGUAGAAGACCGGCUCAAGUUUUUUGAGACGGGAGAGAUACCUAAGAAGAACAUCGAUGUUAUGAAAGAGGCCUUAGAGGAAUCAUUGGUUUCUAUGGAGCGAGUCAGUACGGUGUCUCCCAAGAAGAAAAAGAAAGACAAAAAGAGAAAAAUCGACGUACUACAGAACGGCCAGGAGAACGAGCACGUCGAAAACGGUCAUGCUGAACAAACAGAUAUAUCUGUGCCAAGGAAGAAAAAAAAGUCAAAAUCAUCGUCCAAUGAUUGAAUAAUGCCAAGCAUUAAGGGGAUGCUGAAGCUAAAAACUUUACCGACAGAACACUGACAUUUUUCUGCAAAGUUUACGUCGUAUUAAUUACACAUAAUUACAAGUGCUUUUACGCAAUGAAAGUACGUGCAAAAAUAAAUAGGAGCA